AUGUACCGAGUGUGGGGUCAGCGUUGGUCCGGCUCGAGAUGUCGGUCUGAUAGACCACGUUCCGACACUCGAGGUCUGCGCGACCAACGCGGAUCUCAAACUAUCGACGCGAUAGCAUCAUCACUGUGUCUGUGUGUGUGUGCACAGUGGCCCGCGCUAAGAGCACGUCUCACAACCAACGUGAGGCAAUCGCCUGUACAACAAUUGACAGUGAAUUUGGAAGAUAAUCUGUUACGUAUGAAUCAUGCCAAGCAUGCCGACACUCUCUAUACUGUUAGUAGACCCGAGCGGGGGCCGCGCCCCGCUGCCGUGCACACCAAGCCAAGGGAAACAGACCCAGCGAACGACAGAAACAUAUAA